UUCAAAGUCGCUCGGUCCGCCGUUUCGCAUCGCUAUCUGGAACGAUUGCUUGUGUUGUGUUCUUCAUUUUAACAAAAUUUGCGAUGGAAACGACAUCCAACUUCACUAAAGUAUUCCUGCUACAAGAAGAUCGUGAGAAGAGUUUCAAACACUGGCCGUACACCGAUGAUAAACCAUGCAGUAUUCGGAAGAUGGCAGAGGCAGGAUUCUACUGGCAUGGAACAGAACAGGAAAUGGAUACUGCCGCGUGCUUUGUGUGCGGUAAGGCGCUGGAUGGCUGGGAAGAAACUGACGAUCCCUGGAAUGAACAUCGAAAGCACGCACCACAAUGCCCAUUCGUCAAGUACGGCCGGCCGGAAGCUAGCCUGACGUGUGAAGAAAUGGUAAACCUUAUGAUGUCAACAUUGAAGAUGCGGCUUCAAAAUAACCACACUACCUUGAAGACCAACGCAAAGAUAUACAUAGAGAAAAAACGCAAAGAAAUGGAAAAGAUGUUGCGAACACACUAGUUUGCACCGUUUCGUAAGAAUUAACUAUAUUUAAGAUUUACCAUAAGUAUGCAAACAAACGUGCGACUCUUGAAGGAAGUUUGGGUGUACCAUGUAUUGUUUGAAAGCAUCGAACGAAAAUAAAUACUAAUAGUAGAUCAUUGGAAAUUUGUCAACCGACGAGAUUAGAUAUUCUUUUACACAACAAAUAUCCAUUGUCAUCAAUUAAUACCAUAUUUACAGCUAGAGUAGUUUUCUCACAAGGCACGGACGACUUUAUUAUAAACAAAAUUGAGGAAAGGUUGGAAAUUCAUCGACUUCAGUAACAGUUAUCAGAAGCUUGUUCGUUAGUGGAGAUUACGUAGUUUUGUAGCGAGGUGAAAAGGCCUUUCCUUACUAUCAGAGUAUUUCGGUACGAUUAUGCGCAACGGACGCCGGUGUAUACCUAGUUUUCUAUAAAUAUAAACUCAGAAGAGAGUAAGCUUUAAGUUAAUAAAAAACGAAGACAGCAGGUUCACAUUUUCCACUAGCUUAGUCAAUG